ACCUUCACAACGAGCGCCUCGACAUGAUCAGCCGCGAGUAUUGCCAGCAGCUGGAGAUGAUCUGUGAGGAGUUUGACCUGGAGCGAGCCAUGCUGAAGGAGCACCAUCACACGGAGAUGAACAACAUUGACGACAUCUUGUACGCCAUGGACGCCAUGCACCAGGCAGACGAAAGCGAGGCCCUGGCGGAGUAUGAGAUGAUGGAGGUGGAGAUAAAAAAUAAGAGCUUGGAAGGCAAACAGGCUCUACGCCUCAAGCUGGGGACAAAAAUAGAGGAGUUGUGGCAGCAGUUCCGGCAAAUGUUACAUAACUGUAACGAAAUCAACGAAGACAGGAGAACCGCCUUUGACAUCAUCAAACAGAAAGACGACAAACGUUCCAAGGAGAUUGACAUUAACAAUCGCAAGCUUGCACGUCUGGAGAAGCAAAUUCGACAGCUGCGAGCGAAACUGAGGGCUCGUACUCGGGGAUACGAUAAAGGCGAAGGAAGUGCGAAAGAUGAUGAUGAGGACGAGGCAUUUAACAGGGCGGAAAGGAUGCGAUUGGCCAAGGACUUCCACCAGACGAAGGAGGAGAUAAACCAGGUCCGACUGCACGCCAGCGAGAAACUGGUCCGACUGAUAAUUGACAGUAGUAAGGCCGUCAAGGAACUGCGAAAACAGAUUGAUAAGGCUGUGUCGGUGCUCAAGCUGGCAGAAAUUUGUCGCAAGCUGGAGACGGAAGAAGAGAAGCUGGUGCCGUUCUACGUGUCCUCGCUGGGGGAGCAGAAGAACCUCAAGAAUGUCGCCGUUGAACCAUCCUCUCGGCUUCUGGCUGAAGCAAUGCAGGACUGCUAUGGUCUGGAGAAUUUCUGGAAACGAUACAACAAGGUUUUGCUGGACAAACUGUCCCUGGACAAGGAGAAAGACUCGCUGACGGCCGAGAAUCAGCAGCUAAGGAGAUUGCUCAAGCAGUACAUGGACAGUAUUUCUGUCAAUGAGCAAGUCAUGAAUCAGAAUAAUCCACUCCUGGUGGUCAAAAACGGCUUGACAUCAUGCAAAAUGCCAGAGAUGUGCACCUGCCUGCGACAGGCACCACCAAAGACAGUCAUUGAAGCAGCUCAUGUGGCCAGGCAAUUGCUCAACUGA